AUGCAUGCCUUCGAAGCUUGUCCAGAGGCUCACUUCGAAGCCGAUGAGGCCGUGGCUGGAGCGAGCUCAGAGCCUAUGCCCGUGGAAAGGAUAGCCAGCUUUGGCGGCGCCCUGGAACUGCAGCGAUUUCUCCACACAGACAAAGAUACCUCGACGAUAACGAAAGCAUCCGAGCCUGAACCCAAAGUUGAAAAGGAAUCGCCAAAUUCAACCCAUUACAAGGUUACCAGCAAUGGAUCACCGGGUCCUAUCAGGAGUCUAAGGCGACGAACGAGGAGAACGACUACCACAUCACUUACCCAGACAACACCAUCGACCCCGACCGGCAACCGUAUCCCCGCACGAGCACGCAGCCGAGAUGAACAACCUCCCACUGUCGGAAAUUACCUCAAAGACACCGUCGAACCGGGUCUGGUCCUCCUCCUCGUGGGAGUAAACCCGGGGAUAAUGACCGGGCUAACGGGGUUUGCAUAUGCACAUCCAACAAACUUGUUCUGGAAAUUGCUUUAUUCCUCUGGGAUCACGACCAGAUUACACCCACCAAGAGAUACCUACGACCUGCCGAGACUAUACAGAGUAGGCAACACGAACAUCGUCGAGCGGCCCACGCGCGACGCUCAAAUGCUCAGCAAACAGGAAAUGAACGACGGUGUCCCGAUCCUAGAGGCCAAAAUAAGAGAGAACCGGCCCGAGGCCGUAUGUCUAGUCGGGAAGGGUAUAUGGGAAGCCGUAUUCCGAGUGAAACAAGGGCGGCCAAUACGUAAAGAGGAAUUCAAGUAUGGAUGGCAAGAUCCCUGGGUCAUGGGCGAAGAUUCGAGCUGGGGCGGAGCACGACUCUUCGUCGCGACUACGACAAGCGGCUUGGCUACGAGCCACACGCGUGCUCAGAAACAGGAAAUAUGGGCUGAAUUGGGACUGUGGGUGCAGGAGAGGAGAGAGGCUUGGCAUCGUGACUUGAAGUCUCAUCAUGAGUCUUAA